AUGCCCGAAAAAGGCGACUCACAAGGUUUGAAAUUUCCCUUCACAUUCCAACUACCACGUGACCUUCCAUCCUCCUUUCGACGCACCACGGGACGUGUGGUGUACACCAUCGAUGCCUCCGCCACCGACCCAUCCAAUCCCAAGAAGGAUAUCACUGCAAAUCUUAUCUUAAUUGUAAACGGCAUGCUAAAUCUGUCCCAUGAAAUGGCUUCCAAUCUGAAUAAGCCGGUGCAAAUCGAAGAUAGCAAGAAACUCGGUCUUUUCAGUGGGUCGGGAAAUAUUGGCUUCACUUUCAAACUCGAUAAGAGUUUAUUCGCUCCUGGUGAAUUUAUCGGAUUUUCUGCAAAUUUGGAAAACCACUCCAAGCAGAAGAUUGAACCUGAAAUAACGCUGGUUCAAGUUAUGGAAUUUCAUGUGAAGCAAAAGAUGAAAACACAAACGAGAGAAGUUGUGAACGUCACAGGACCGGAAGUUCUUCCGGGAAGGGAGGAAGUCUGGGUGGGAAAAGAUGUCCUGAAAAUUCCGGAUUUCGUGCUACCUACGGGAUUGGGUGGUCCCUGCAAAGUUAUUAAGUUACAGUACACUUUGAAGAUUAAAGUGGGGACAUUAUGCCGAGAUGUGCCCAUAACGAUUGGAGAAUCAGAAGUUAAACUUGACCCUCCUCCACCGUAUGAAGCUGUGAUGAAGGAAUAAAUAUUGCUUAUUCACAUUCGUUAUGAUAUUACAAGCCAAUAAAAUUGUUUACGGUUAAAACUAAUUCACAAAUCUAUCUGUAGUUCGCAUCGUUAAUAAAUAUUAAAAAAUUUCGAAACCUAUCAAAAAAUUCCCUUUAAAAAUGGCUUUACCGCAAUAGCUAAAAAAUAUCCAAAUACUUUUAGAAGCUGAGCAAAACAUUGUAUUUGUGUUCCCAAGUUUCCUCAGGAAACGAACGUGUUUUUAUUCAACUUCAGCUUAUUGUUAAAUUAUUUGUGAUGCAAAAUAAUAUGUAUAUAUUUAUGUUGAAG